AUGGGUUGGCCGCACUAUCGGGACUAUCUGGGAGAUUGUGACAAGCGCCCUAUAGUCGCACCCAUCCCGGAGUCGUCGGAGACCAAGCACCUUCGCUUGGUACUGCUCGUCCAUGUUGGUUCAGGGCGUUCAUGGGAUGAGAAGCGGGUCGUUGGAGCAAUUCGAGCGUUUGCACCGUGUGCCGUCGAGUUGUUCCGCGCUUGGCAAGUACUUCUCACAAAAUCUAAAUGGAGUUCACUCACAAUUUAUUAUCCUCGACCUUACACCUCUCAGCCCGUAUAUAAUGCGCCACAAAAGCUCUUUGUCCGUGGCGGAAUGGGUUUGUAG